AAAAUAUUGUGAUAAAAAUUAUUUAAACAGUAGUACAUAAAAAGAAUUAAAAUACUUUGAUCGACAUACCUUUGUAAAAGGAAUAUCAUGCUUAUAUAUCUUAAAGCCUCGUAGCUACUCGACAAUAGAUGGCAGCACAAGCACACAAAUUGUAUAAUGACAAGCUGGGAAUAUUUAUUGAAAAAUGUACAAAACUAUAAUUAUGUCACUAAAUAAAAAAAAAACUUUGAUAUGGUGACAAUAAGUUACCGUUAUGUACAAAUGACUUUUUGUAAGAAGCCUUUUUUCUGUAUUAACACAGCCAUAAAACGGUCAUUUUAUAUAAAAAAUCUAAAAGAAUAAAAACAUCUGACAUUUCAAUUACGUUGUCAAAAUACAUAUAAAACGUCUUUUUUUUCCAAAUUGCGUGUUUGAACAGAAUAAAAAUACUGUGUCUUUUCUAAUUCUUAAGGUAUUAAAAAACUAUAAAGUGUUUACAUACCCAUUCCAGAAAUUAUGGGACAAAACUAUGGCCCGGAGACGAGUCACGAAGAACGUGAUCUGCGGCGUAUGCAGAUCGUAUACUCCGGAAAGAUGCGCGAACGCCAAGUGUUCAUGCAAGAAUUGAAAGAGUAUCGCAAGAAAGUUCACAAAAUCGUAUUUAGCAGUGCCAAAAGAAGUAUUGGUCCAAUUUGGUACCAUGCUCUCAGUGUACCGCAAAGAGAAGCCUUAGAUACUCUGAAAUUUUCAAUUUAUCAAGAUUUGUUGGAAGGUAGACCUGUCCGGUCAGCAAAAGUAAUGCGGCGGUUAGGUUUAAAUCCACGACCUAAUAAUGUAGAUCUAAUGAAUUGCUUAUAUCUAGGUCGGGAUGACCCUAAGGUAAUGCUUUCUCAACUGUUUGCUAUGACUUACGGGCAUACUAUUGAUGGCAAACGAGCCUGUUACGACUUAAAUGCUAAACUCAUGCUGUCUGCAAUACUAUAUCUGGGUUUAAAUAACUUAAUCGAAUUGCUCAAAAAAAGAUUCAGCCCCGAUCAACCAGAAGAGCCACCACCACCAAAACCGAAACCUAAACCAGAGCCUCCUCUCGCAUCCCCGUACUUACAGAAGAUGGUCGCAGUAUUGUAUGAACCACCUCGACCAAAAAAAGUCAAACCAGCACCUUUGCCUAAUUUAGACGAGUUGAACGAACCUUACGAAGAGGAUCCGCCGAUACCAAAACCACCACCGCCACCUCCGCCACCCCCACCCCCUAAAAAGAGAAUUCCAAUUUCCUACUGUGAAAAACUUGCUGGCAUAAUGACUAUCGAACCGUAUUCCACUGACAUCGCCGUAAAAACGGUGACACGUAGCAGUCAACGAAGAAUACGAGGAUCAAAAGUAUGCGUCACUGAAGUAAAAAAAACCUAUGGUAUCAGUGUCACUAGGCGAAAGAAGUCAACGCGGAGACGACGACCCAAAGCCCCCAAAACGGGUCUUUGGAAUUCACAAUACGUUAUAAACGGUGUCUUUCAAAUACAAGGGAAAACAGUUUUUGUACUAGGAAGCGUUUCCAUACUGCCCCCGCUCGGCGACCUCAUACACGGAGGUUACAGAUAUCUAGACGGCGAAUACAUUAACGUGCACUGUGGUUUCCGUGCGUUACCGCCACCACCGAAACCUGAUCCUUGCGAUUGCGUAAAGAAGUGGCAAACCAAAGUGUUGGAAUACGUUAAAAACAGUAAAUGUUAUUGCGGUCAUCGCUACGAUUUUGGCAACGAGGGCACUUUUUUGCCUGAAGAGUUGCCGUUUUUCCAGAAACCCACAAAACACACACCGUACCAGUUCAACUAUGAUAAUAUAUACAAUAUUGAUCCGAAAAAUCUCCACGUUGAUAAGGAGUUCAAAAAGAUUUGGGACACUGAAAGCAUGUUACGUGUUGAUGAUGGCACUAUAAAAGACAAGAAAGACAAAAAGAAGAAGAAGCGAUCGUCGUCAACUUGCUUGGGACAGAAUCCAAAACCCGAAGACUAUUUAAAAUGCGCUCUGCGACUCAUGAGACGCGUGAACGUAGCAGCACGUCUUCCAGAUAUACACCUUGUGCCUGAACUGAAAGAAUGGAUGCGACGGCGAAUCCAUGGUCCUUUUAAGCAUAGUCAAAAAGUUGAAAUGUUAAGGAAGAGUAAUAUGUAUUGGCAGAUGCUCCUGACUAUGGCGAUGCAAGGUUUUGGCCAUGUGUCCCCACCUAAGGAUCCCACUUACGCUGGACACACGACAUGGGUUCACAAACAAAAUUUGAAUGAGAAAUUUAGAAAGUUCACGUAUCAAUAUAGACUGGCACUGUUCAGGUCGUUGGCAAAAGUUAACAACUUGAUGUGGUCCACAAUGUUUCAGGCCGAGUUUCCGGAUAAAAAAUUCAGAGAGAUAUACUUUUCAUAUCUGUAUGCUCGUGUUGAAGAUUUACUUCUCAUGCAUCCCUAUAGCACUAUGGAGACCACUGAACGUAAAAUGACUAUAGCCAAAAGACGCUACUGCUGCAUUCCAGCUGGCAUAGAACCGCAAGAGUGAAUUGAAUAAAAAAUUGUGUUUGUCUUUUAAAAUAUAGAUCUUCUUU